GAAAUGUGAAUAUUACAUAAAUCUAGCUGUGUGUGUAUUAUUAUUAUUUAUAUUAUCUCAAUCUGAUAUUAAUUAUGUUUUUCUGGAGACUCUCGCAAAUCAAGCGUAGGGUCGCUUUUUGCAUGUUAUCAUAUGGUAUCAUUGGCUCACUAGUAUUUUUUAUGAUAUGCCGCAGUUUUUGGCAAAGUGAAGAUAGAAAUUUCACAUUAAAGAAAAUUGAAGAGUUAAUCAGGACUCAGGCAAGUUCCCUGGCUUGCAAGCAACCAAAUCUCCCCGUUACUUCUCCUGAAAUUAUGAAAUUUGUGCAUGCAGUGCCAAAAAUAGAUUGUUCUAAAGCUAAUGAAGAUUGGGUGAAAUGUCUGGGCUCUAUAUGUGAACUUCAAGAAAAUGCAAAGAUAGAAUAUGGACCUAUCAAAUGUUCAUUCACUGAUGUGAUUAGAAUAGAUGAUUUCAAAUCAAAAGAUGGUAACUCUGUUAUUGCUGAAUCUUACCAACUCCAGAAGAGUGAUGUGGUGAGAGCAUCUUGUGAAUCAAAAGAUAAAAAAUGGUCAGCAACCUUGACUGGUAUCAGAAACGACAAUCAGAUUUAUGAUACUGUGAGCUGGGAUAAUUUACCUCAUAAUGCACUGAGGAUGAAUGUUUUAAUGUUUGGUUUUGACUCCUUGUCCCGAAAUGCAUUCAUUAGAAAAUUACCCAAGACUUAUGAAUAUAUAACAGAAUUCUUGGAAGGGGAUGUUUUACAGGGAUAUAAUAUUGUCGGAGAUGGAACUCCUCAAGCACUUAUUCCAAUUCUAACUGGAAAAACUGAGUUAGAAUUGCCAGAUACAAGGAAAAGAAAGUCUGAUUCUCAGUUUGUUGAUGUGUAUCCAUUUAUAUGGAAUCAAUACAAAGAUGCCGGUUAUGUUACAGCGUUUUUUGAAGAUGUUCCGGAAUUGGGAACAUUCACCUACAGAUUGAAAGGAUUUAACGAACCUCCUACAGAUCACUAUAUGAGGCCUUAUUACCUGGAGAGCCUUAAAGAAAGAAGUAACUGGCCUAAGCUUUGUACAGGAGAGAUACCUAGGCAUAAAGUAAUGCUCAAUGCCAUAAGAGAUUUUUUCAAAGUCUACGAAAUGAAGCCCAAGUUCCUAUUUGGUUUUCACGGUGAACUGUCUCAUGAUGAUUAUAAUCUAAUUGGGGUUGCUGAUGAUGAUGUUUUGGAAUUAUUACAAAAUCUAGAGUCAUCUGGGGCACUGAACAACACUAUUCUGAUCAUGAUGGCUGAUCAUGGCCACAGAUUUGCAGAAGUGAGAAACACCCUCCAAGGAAAACAGGAGGAACGACUGCCAUUUUUCUCGUUCACAUUUCCCAAAUGGUUCAAACAGAAACAAAAUGCUAUUUAUACGAAUUUUAAAGAGAAUCUGAACAAACUGACUACACCAUUUGAUAUUUACUCCACCUUGAAAGAUAUACUGAAUGUAGAGACCACUGGAAUAGCAGAUAUACAAAAGAGAUCAGUCUCGCUGUUUUCGAAGAUCCCUGCUGAAAGAAGUUGUGCUCAUGCACAUAUUGAACCCCACUGGUGUGCCUGCCUAGAUUGGCAGAAUCUUCCACUUUCCCACCCAAUAGUAGAAAGACUAGGAGAAACUUUAGUUCAUACCUUGAACGAAUAUACUAAUACCUACAGAAAUUUAUGCGAACUACUUUCGAUAUCGGAAAUAGUGUGGGCUAUGAAGAUUGCGCCCAAUGAAAAUUUAUUGAAGUUCCACAAAAACGCCGAUUUGGACGGUUUUGUAGCCGAUUUGUCAGCCAAAUUGGAAGUCAACAAGGAUUUGUACCAAAUAAAGGCCUUGCUGAAACCUGGAAAUUCGCUAUUUGAGGCGAGUCUGGUACACGACUUAGUCAGCGAUAAAUUUCUCUUACAAAUGAGCGAUAUUAGUCGCAUUAAUAUGUAUGGUAGUCAAGCAAGAUGCAUCGAAACCCAUUUACCACAACUUAGAAAGUACUGCUACUGUAAAAAUGAGAGUAAAAUAAAGCCUGUGAUUUAAUU